UCCCCUUCUCUUGGUGUGCCGGACUCCGUACUUCAGGAGGGUAAAUCGAUCUCCUGUGGGAGGCCAGGAUGUGGGCUUUUCCCUGCACACCGCAGUGCUUAAUUGGCUCCCUCCAUUAUGGUGUUAGACACAGGGUGUCAGGCAUGGCCGGAUUGGAUGGGUUUGCUGGACUGGAUCAGGUCACUGGCACGUUACGUGCGGUUUGGGCCGGAAUUUCCUCCCUACUGGAACAGAAUCCAAGACGGAUGCUGAAUUUCCAGGCAGCGUAUUAAGGAGAAGCUGAAAUCUAGUGGAAUAAUGUUGGGAAACCCGCUCACCCUACAGACAACUUGGCUAAGGUGCCAAAUUGCUCCUGUAUUCUCCCGCCGCUCCUUUUCAUUUCUGGUUCUCUCAUUGUGGUCACUGCCUGAAAUGUUUCCACCUGAAGGCCCCGUCCGCUCAAGUCUCCCCGCUGUGACUUGCAACUUCAGAGACGCCUUCCCCGGCCUGUCUCAGCACCCGUCCGUAAGCCGAUGGCCUAGGACACAGCCGCAUCAAAGCUGAACAGAUCUUGUUACGAGACUCCACUUGUUAAUUGCAAAGAGGCCGGACCUCCCCUUACCUUGUCUCUCUCAAUUGCAAAAAGAGGCGUGAAUCCAGCUGUGCAGGAAAGGGCUGCCUUUGUGAACAGAUGCUGCCUCCCCAAAGGGGGCGUUGAACUCCCUCAGGCUGCAGGAGGAGGAGAACGAUCGUGGUUUGCCGUGAGACACGCAGGAGCCGGUGGGGCGAUCUCCAGUGAGCUAAGCCCUCGUCCACUAGCAAAGAAUUUGUGUUGGCAGAGCAACGAGCUUGGUCACCUGGGAAGAUGAGAAGACGUAUGGCCUGUUACCUGUUGGUCCUGUUGGCGACCGCGACAACGGGCUACCCCUCUCGACGAUCUGCUGUUGACUUGGACGCGACCCCAAGGACUACGAUCGCCUAUAAUGAGUUAUCCGAUGUCCGGCGCUUCAGCAGCCGCGCCCUCAACUACACCACCCUGCUGCUGGAGGACGAGAGGGGGAUCCUCUACGUGGGAGCACGAGGGGCCAUAUUCUCCUUAAAUUCCAGCAACAUUGCCGACGGCUCCCAGAGGGAGAUCCGGUGGGAGGCGUCUCUGGAGAAGCAGGACGACUGCCUCCGGAAGGGCAAGAACAACAAGACCGAGUGCUUCAACCACAUCCGGCUCAUGCAGAGGCUGAACGACACCCACCUGUACGCCUGCGGCACCUACGCCUUCCACCCGCUGUGCGCGGCCAUUGAUGCCGACAGGUUCACGCUGCCGCCCCACUUGGAGGAGGGCAAGGAGAAGUGUCCGUAUGACCCUGCCCGUGGCUACACUGGCCUCAUCGUAGAUGGCGGGUUGUACACGGCCACGCGGUACGAGUUCCGCAGCCUGCCGGACAUCAGGCGGAACCUGCACCAGCGACCCCUGAAGACGGAAGAGUCCCCCAUGCACUGGCUAAACGAUGCGGAGUUCGUGGACUCUGUGCUGGUCCGGGAGAGUGUGCGCAGCCCAGUGGGGGACGAUGACAAGAUCUACUACUUCUUCAUGGAGCGAGCGGCGGAGGAGAGCGCCUCCUUCGACAAGAGCCAGGUGGCCAGGGUGGCCAGAGUGGCACGGGUGUGCAAGAGCGACCUGGGAGGGAAGAAGAUCCUGCAGCGGAAAUGGACGUCAUUCAUGAAGGCCCGGCUGGUCUGCUACAUCCCCUACUACGAGGUGCUCAAGGCUGUGCACAGUGUGGACGGGGGCAGCUGGCCCAGCACCCUCUUCUACGCCACGUUCACCUUGUCGGCUCAGUGGAGGAGCAUGGAGGCAUCCGCCGUCUGCCAGUACAACAUCUCUGAGCUGCAGCGGGCUUUUGAGGGCCCCUACAUGCAAUACCAGGACACCACCCGCAAAUGGACCCUCUACGAUGGGGAGGUGCCAUCCCCACGGCCGGGCUCUUGCAUCACCAACCGCUCCCGCGAGGACGGCUACCGCUCCUCCCAGGACCUGCCCAACAGCGUGCUGGAGUUCAUCAAGUUGCACCCGCUGAUGUUCGAGGAGGUGAAGCCGGCGCGGGGGGAGCCCCUGCUGGUGAAGAAGAACGUGCUCUACACGGCCCUGACGGUGGACAGGGCGCCGGCCCUGGACGGCCAGCAGUACGACGUGCUCUUCAUGGGGACAGGUGAUGGCUGGCUGCACAAGGGGGUGGUGAUCGGCUCCACAGUACACAUCGUGGAGGAGCUGCAGGUCUUCGGGGACCCCCAGCCCGUGGAAAGCCUGGUGAUCUCCAAAGGCCAGAGAAGUGUAUACGUGGGGGCUGCCAGCGGAGUCCUGCAGCUCCCCCUGUCCAGCUGUGCCAGGUACAGCUCCUGCUACGAUUGCAUCCUGGCCCGGGACCCCUACUGCGCCUGGGACGGCGAGGGCUGCAGGGAGGUGGCCGGUGCUGCGGACAGGGCCAUCAGCCACCGGCCCCCUGCUGACACAGCUCAUCUUGCUCCUAACAGGACCCAGCUGACCCAGGAUGUGCAGCACGGCAGGGAGGGCUGCAGGAACGGCUCUGCCCAGGCACCCCCUGUGCAGAAGAACCGGACGGUGCUGCGGGGCGAUGACGUGCUGCUGCCGUGCGAGCAGCGCUCCAACCUGGCACGGGCCGCGUGGCUGGUGAACGGCACGACGGGACUGGCGGCUGGGCGGGGCCACUUCCGAGUGGGGGUGGACGGGCUGCUGGUGACAGACACCCUGCCGGAGCACAGCGGGGACUAUGGCUGCUACGGGGAGGAGAAUGGGCUGCGCUCCCCGCUGGCCGCCUAUGCCCUGACAGUGCUGCCAGAGCCGCCCAAGGAGCCAGCGGCACCCACGGCCCCGCCGCUCCCCAGCCCCGACCGCCAGGCCUCCCCCGACAUGAAGUUCGUCUACAUCGCGGUGAUCGCCGUGCUGGGCGGGCUGUGCCUGGUGCUGAGCGCUGUGCUGCUCCACAUCUCCUGUCUUCAGCGCCGCAAGGGCAGGUACGUGCUGGGCGACCCCCAUGCCCCCUCCGUGGAGCUGCAGACGGUCUCGGCCAACUGCCUGGGCGGGGGCCGGGAGGAGGAGGAGCUGAACCGGGAGGACGGCUGCCUGCAGAUCAUCCCGGGCGAGGCCCCCACGGCGGCAUCCCCGGCCAGGGAGACGCCUCUAGUGCCCCCCCCGCCGCCCCCGCCACUCCCAGCCGAGUUCACCAACGGCAUCGCCACCCUGCCCAACAUGCUGCGCAAGAUGAACGGCAACAGCUACAUGCUGCUGCAGCAGCAGGAGGAGCCCAGCCCCUCGCCCCUGUACAACACCUCCUUCGCCGAGGAGCUGAGCAAGAUCCUGGAGAAGCGGAAACACACGCAGCUGGUGGACAAGCUGGACGAGAGCUCCGUGUAGGGGCCCCCGGACGCCAGUCAGAUUCAAUCCCCUGCCCCCGUCCCCCCCCACCAACCAGUGUUAAACAAACCCACGGGAAACUACCUCUGGAACCGAACCGCCGGGCUGGGCCUCGGAGCGCCGGGAUCCCUCUUGCUGGGACCGCUUGGGCCCAGAGCCUGUUGUAAAGAGACAUUGAUUGAAAUGGGAAAUCUAUUUAUGUAUAAAAGAUGACAAUCCGGAAACAGGAGCCAGAAAUACGGCUGUGUCGGGGAGGGGCGGGAGGAGACACCUGCCCGGACGCUGGCCUCGGACCACUCCGCCGAGGUCUCUCCCCAGCCCUGGGAGCGGCAGCUGGGCCGCGGAGAGGUGGGAGCUGGCCCCUGUGUGCUGAGAAGAGACACGGCCCCCGGGACCCACCAGACCGAGAGACAGAGCUGGGGAACCCGGUGUGGGAGAGGAGCGGGCAGUGGCUCAGCGCGGGAUGGCGUCUCAGCUCCAGCGCUGGGCAUGCGGCCCCAGCAGGAGCCCGUUGGUCUGUGCAGAAGGAAGAGUCGCAGUGGUCCUGAAGGGGCUGGCUCUGAUGCAGGGCCCUGAGCUGCAGUGCCUGAGGGAUGGCGGCUUUCAACACAGCCUGACCUGGUGGGGAGAGCUGUGCCUGGCCCCUCCAUCUGCUGGAGAACCUAGCAAUGCCAGGCUGCAGCCAGGUCGCAGGGCAGGGCGUGGGGAGGCGGUCACGGCGGAGUGAGUGCGUAUGGGGGUCAUUGCAGCGUCGGGGUGGAGUGGUGCGUGUGGGGGUCACUGCAGCGUGGGGGUGGAGUGGUGCGUGUGGGGGUCAUUGCAGCGUCAGGGUGGAGUAGUGCAUGUGGGGGUCACUGCAGCAUGGGGGUGGAGUGGUGCGUGUGGGGGUCACUACAGCGUGGCGGGGGUGUGUGCGAGGGUUCACACCCAGCCACAGCUGCAUGGGAUCUCCUCAUUACCCAGCUUCUGCCCAGAUGCCCUGAGCUGCAUCUGACCCCGGGCGAUCUUGAUGUGUCCUGCCCCACCCCGGCUGUCACUCCCCAGCGCUGGCGCCCAACCUGCGAGACCAACCACUGCCGGUGGCAGCUGUUGACAUGGGCAGACCCCGGCUCUCUGCUUGUGGCCUGGCUUCUGCCUUGGUCUGCCCCACGAGCACAUACCCUGCUGUACUGGAACAAGCUGAGUUCAUGAUGGGGGAGCCACCUGGUCCAGGGUACAGUUUAAAGCCGUCCCUGCCCCCAGCCUAUGCUGGCCCAACCUGGAGCCCCGAGCUUGGCCCGCUCUGGCCUGGGGCUGCCCGGCUCUUCACCAUGGGGUGCCCUGUGCCCUGCUGCACUGUAGCUUGCCUGCCUUGUGGCUGAAGAGAAAGUGUUGUCACGAAUGCACCCACCCCAGCCUCUCGGUUUUCACCCCUUACCUGUGGCAGGGCCCUCGCUUUGCCAGGCCCCACCAGCCAUUGGGGACCAAGAUCCCAGGAGCCAGGCUCAGCAACAGAGGACGGGGUGCGUGAGGGGGCAGAGUAAUGUGGCACUCAAGCAAACACCUAUCUCCAGCCUCACAUCCAGGGGAGGGCCCCAUCCUGUGCACUAUCCCAGUUCAGUGCUCAGGUUACAUUGGUGCAGCUGGGCACUGGUGCUGGUCCCAGAUUCCAGCUCCGCUUGGCUUCUGUUGUCUGUCUCCUGGGUCUUUCCUGCCCCAGUGCCACCUUCCUCCCCAUGCGGCCGCAACGCCCCCUGCCUGUGUAAGGCCAGAAUGGAGCUGGGCAGGGGAGGGCAUUGUGCCAGGCCCUGCUGUGCGUGUGUGUGCACUCAGCUCUGUGGGCUAGACUAGCAGACACAUGCCGUGCGACCGUGCCCACUCACUAACAUGCCUGAGUGCAGCUCCAGGGGGUUUCCCUUCAGCUCCAGCAGCAGGGGCUGUGUUUUGGGGGCACGAGCUCUGGCGUUCUGGCCCCCGCCGUGCACACAUCCUGGGUUUAGUCCAACCACUGACCCCAGGAGCGUGCGGAUGUGAGACACACGCCAGAGACCAGCCCUCUGCUCAGCUUGUUCUUACGGCGCCUGGGACUGCAGUCGGCUGUCCCGAGAGAGAGCAGCUCCCAGCUGAGCUUCACAGCCUCCCCGCUCGACCGCGGCUUCACCCCCGCAGAGCUGCUGUCCGGUGCAAAAUGACUGAUUCAUUAACAAGAGACUCAGCGCCCAGGCCUCCAGCGUGGCUUGGGAAUGGCCAGCAACAACCGAUGCUUCAAACACAGGGACAGUCGGCUCCAGAACGGCCACAGGCAGAUGUCCCCAAGCAUCCUGGCGAGAGCGAGAGAGAGAGAGCGUGGCUAAGGCAACGCACACACACACCUGGCUCCAGUGGUACCUGGCCAGCUCUCUAGGCAGUGCGAGUUACUGCAUCGUCUCUCAAACAUCACUACCACUGAGAGAGAGACCAGGCCUGUCACGCCGUCCCCACUGCCCAGCCAGCGUGGUCUGCCUGUGCAGCUGGAAGAGUCCCAAGCCCUGGGGCUGGCGCUGAGUCCCUCGGGGCAGCGUUCUCGCAGCCUGGCAGAGCCCCAGCCUGCUCUCCUUGGGAGGCUUCGUAGGCUCUCACGCCAUGGGAGUUCGGCACCAGCUCUCCCUGGCUAAUUGACUUUGGACUUCGCUCUGUUACCAGGCUGCCCUGGUAUUUGGAGCGGAGUGCAGGGAGAGCCACCCAUGAAGCUGCCUCAAAACUCUGCUUUGGCUGGGAGCAGGGGUGUUUGCCCAGCAGACCUGCCUGCAUAGCCCCCACUGCUCUCGUUACAAGGUGAUGGGCGGGGUGGGGUUGGGGAAAAUGCUUGUUCUCCCUCCCUGCUGUUGGGAGGUGCGGGGGGGGGGCUCUGGCAUUGGGACAGCGUGGCAGAAAUGCAGAGCGAGCCGGCUGAUGAUUGCACAGCAGUGGCCCCAGGCGCUGCUGUAGCUGUCCGGGGCCGUUGCUGCGGGGUUGGUAAGGCUACUGCUGUGCCCUGCACCCCAGCAUGGCGGGGCCUCGCCCAUUCCCCAGCCGUGCCAGGGAAAGCCCCCGGUCGGCAUGGCUCCGGGAGCGAAGUGCAGACCCAGGGCGGUGUGUGCGUGCCAAGGGGGGUCUGUGGAGACUUGUGUCCUCUAGCCCUGCUCCGGCACAGAUCAUCGGCCAGCCUCAGUGCCUGGUUCCUGGCAUGGGAAGGGGCGGGAGGAAUCGGCUUCGCUGGGGCUGAGUCCUUGGCUGAUCCCCCGGAAAGGGGCAGGGCUAGAGCCCUGCAAAAUGGAAGCACCUCAGCUCCAAGACAGCUUGAGCUAAACCCUAUGUAGCGACCCGGCUGCCCAGCAGCCUGGCUUGUCCUCAGUGACAUUCCACCAUGGACAGUCAUAGCGGCAGCGUACAGCACCGUGCACCUGGUUGCCUCUGCCCCUUGUUGCUCAAUAAACCUGGAUGUGUCUGAAUGA